AUCGCUUGCCAAAAUGACGGACAGUUCUCGUGGCAGCAUGGGGUAAUCAGCUUCAAUUUGUUCUUACCUGCAUUGGAUACUCGGUUGGAUUGGGUAACCUGUGGAGAUUUCCGGCAAUGGCCUACGAGAAUGGAGGAGAUUUAUAAAACCGCAUUCCUCAUUCCUUAUGUGAUUUGCUCCGUUCUUGUCGGACUUCCAUGCCUAUAUCUUGAGUUGUUCAUUGGUCAGUUCACUCAAUCUGGACCAUCGAGAGCAUUCUGGUACUUCAUGCCAACUCUACAAGGUAACCAAGCAUGGGAGCGCUUU